AUGCCGCCCGUAGUGGUGACUUCAUGCGACUUUAACCAAGACAGUGGCCCAUUCUGCGAUUUCAUCCAGGAUAACAGAGACAACAGUGACUGGACCCGGCACAGAGGUCCAACUCCCACACCUGGCACUGGUCCCAGUGGAGACUACCCUGAUGGAGAGGGAUACUACAUCUAUCACGAGGGUGACAAUGUGUCUAAUGGACAGAAAGCUCGCUUGCUGAGCCCUCCCAUCACCUCCUCAGCCUCUGAGAUCUGUGUUCAGUUCAAAUACUACAUGUAUGGGAUUGACAAUGCCAAUAAUUUGAGAAUUCUGGCAAAAUUACCCAGUAGUGAGGAAGAGGUGUGGAAGAGGACUGGUAUCCAGAGUCCAACCUGGUUGACCGGCUCUGUUACUGUACCGAAACUGAGCAGCCAGAGCAUUACCAUCGUCUUUGAGGCUCAGAGAGGCUUCUCUUCUUCUUGUGAUUCAGCUUUGGACAACAUCGUCAUCACUGAAGGAGCAUGUCCCUCUUGUAUUUUUGGCUGUGAUUUUGACACUUUCGAUGACCUCUGUGGAUGGACGACUCAAACUGAGGAUCCCGAUAUGUUAGGCUUCAGUCAGUGGAAUGGAGCAACUGACACUGAAGGCACUGGACCUGAUGAUGACUUUUCAAAACCUGGUUUUGGAUACUACCUGUUGUUGGAUUCUUUCGACACUAUACCUGAAGCCAGUGCUCAGAUCACAAGUCCUUUAACAACUCCCUCCUCCUCCGGAUGUCUCGAGCUUACCUUCCACUACUACCUGUAUGGCACUAGUACUACUAUGCAGAUCAGUGUCCACACGAUCACCACAGAUGAAACCCUCGGACCUGCUCUCUUCACUGUAACGGGGAACCAGGGACAAGGCUGGAAGCCGGCAAACGUCCGCUAUCUGGGAGAUAAUGCUAUUAAGUUUGCAAUUGUGGGUACCUAUGGAGAAACGCCUGAGACAGAUAUUGCUAUCGAUGCUGUUUGUAUCAUGACCUGCACAGGUCAGCCUGUUACACCCAAACCACCAACUCCUCAACAAACUACACCCAAAACAACAACACCCAAACCACCAACUCCUGAACAAGCUACAUCUAAACCACCAAACCCCUGUCCUCCUAACGCAGAGUAUAUAGAGUGCGGUCCAGCUUGUAUACCCACCUGUAUGGAACCCUCCACCAAUUGCUCCGGCUCCUGUAUCAGCGCCUGCUUCUGCAAACCAGGCUUUGUUUUUAAGGGACGGCGUUGCGUACCACUGGAGAGUUGUGGCUGUUUAGACGAUGAGAAUAACUAUUAUGAGCCUGGUGAGAUAGUAUUUGGAAACGGCUGCACAAAGCUGUGUCGCUGUGCAGGGAACUACACUUUGGAAUGUGUUGAUAACUCCUGUGACCCCACUGAAGAGUGUCGAGAGGUUAAUGGUGUUGCAGGCUGUUAUCCUAAAGGUACAUCCACGUGCAUAGCAUCUGGCGAUCCACACUACACCAGCUUUGACAAACGCAAAUAUGACUUCAUGGGCAACUGCAGCUAUCUGAUGUCUAGUCCAUGCAAUGACACAACUGUGCCCUACUUUGAGGUCCAUACUGACAAUGAAAACCGGUAUAACAGGCCGACCAUCUCCUAUGUGAAUGCCGUACAUGUAUACGCACGGAUGAUAAAGAUCUCCAUUCUCAAAGGUGGCACUGUGCAGGUUAAUGGGACCAAUGUCAAUCUGCCACUGUCCCCGGCCCCCGGUAUUUCUGUGUUCAAGUCAGGAAAACACUACACUGUCUCCAUGAACUUUGGUGUGACGGUUCGCUAUGAUGGAAACGCCUUCAUGGACAUAAAAGUGAUCGACGACUAUCAGAACAAGCUUUGUGGCCUGUGUGGCAACUAUGAUGGAGAUACUAAAGAUGACUUCCGCAAACCAGAUGGAAGCUUAGCUGAAAAUGCCAAUGACUUUGGACACAGUUGGAACAUGAAUCCAGAAUGUAAUAAGAAACCCAACACUACCAUCCCUGGUUGCAAUGAAGAAGAACAGGAACUGUAUGAAAGCUCUGGAUAUUGUGGCAUUCUGCUGGACAAAAAUGGACCUUUUGCUGUGUGCCAUCCCAAAGUCAACCCCAAUAAUUACUUCAGGGACUGUGUCUUUGACUUGUGUGAGCUGGAUGGUGCCAAGCCCAUUUUGUGUGAAGCCAUUGAAGCCUAUGUCAAUGAAUGCCAAGAUCGUGGGGUCAACCUUGGACCAUGGAGGAAUGAAACCUUCUGCCCACUGAGCUGCCCCCCAAACAGCCACUACGAACCCUGUGCAGAUCCUUGUCAGGAAACAUGCUUUGGAAAACCCCCCUCCUGCUCUGGUCCCUGCUCUGAGUCCUGUGUGUGUGAUCCCAGCUACGUCCUGAGUGCUGGCAAGUGCGUUAAGGAGAACAUGUGUGGCUGCAACCACACGAACGGCCAGUAUUAUGAGCCUGGAGAGGAGUUUUUUGAGGAAGACUGCAAGCGAAAAUGUUGGUGUGGUGCAGCUGGAAUUACCUGUGAAGCCUCUGAAUGCCCCCCAAUGCAUGAAUGUAAACUUCAGGAUGGAGAGCUGGGCUGCUAUCCUACGAGCUUCCAGGAUUGUGUAGUUUCUGGGGAUCCACACUACAACACCUUUGACAAGAAGUACUACACCUUCAUGGGAACCUGUACUUACACACUGGCCAGAACCUGUAGGAACAGCACAGGCCCUUGGUUCUCUGUGGAGGCAAAGAAUGAAGAGAGAGGAGUUGCAGGAGUGUCAUACCUGAAGAAGCUAUAUGUGACAGUGGAUGGAAUUACUGUGACCCUUUUGAAGAGCAGUACGACACUGGUGAACGGAGUACGGGUGGCUCUUCCCCACUCCCCCUCUCCUCUCAUGUCUAUUAGUCUUGCUGGUCAGUUCAUCACGCUUCAAACAUCCUUUGGCCUGAGGGUGCGUUGGGAUGGAAACCAUUAUGCCCAGAUCUCAGUUCCCAGCUCCUACUAUGACCAAAUGUGUGGCCUUUGUGGUGACUAUGAUGGGAACCCAGACAAUGACUUCAAUAAACCAGAUGGCACUGUGGCAGGAAAUACUAAUGACUUUGGGAAUAGCUGGCAGACCGAAGACGAUGAAGAUGACUCAUGUACCCCAGGAACAAAUCCUGAUCCAGACUGUGACCCCGACUUGGAAGCUGAAGUUGUAAAACCAGAGAAAUGUGGCAAAAUUACAGACCCUACUGGACCCUUCAGGGAGUGCAUCAGUGUAGUUAAUCCCACUCCAUUCUUCCAAAGCUGUGUGUUUGACAUGUGUCAGUUCAACGGCCAGCAGCACGUGCUGUGUGACCAGCUCCAGGCCUACACUGAUGCAUGUCAUAGUGCUGGAGCCAAAGUCUACCAAUGGAGAACUCCAGACUUCUGCCCUCUGACCUGUCCUCCCAAUAGCUCCUACUCCCUUUGUGUGAGUUCAUGUCCUGAGACAUGUCUCGGUGUGGUGGGACCACCUGGCUGUGAGGAAGUGUGUGUGGAGGGUUGUGAGUGUAACCCUGGCUUCAUUCUCAGUGAUGACAAAUGUGUGGAACUGAGAGACUGUGGUUGUGUGGACCCCAGUGGAACCUAUCACCCUGUGGGCGAUGACUGGUACUUGGAGGGUUGUGAACAAAAGUGUAUGUGUCACAGUGGAGGUCUGCUACAGUGUCAUAACACCAGCUGUAACCCAACUACUGAGAGCUGCAAACUACAAGAUGGAGAAUAUGAAUGCCACCCUCUGGACCUGUGUCCUCCUAAUGCAGAGUAUAUAGAGUGCGGUCCAGCUUGCAUUCCUACAUGUAUGGAACCCUCUACCAACUGUUCUGGCUCCUGCAUCACUGGGUGUUUCUGCAAACCAGGCUUUGUCUUCAAAGGACGGCACUGCGUGCCACUGGACAAGUGUGGUUGUUUAGAUGACAACAAUAACUAUUAUGAGCCUGGUGAGAUAGUAUUUGGAGACGGCUGCACAAAGCUGUGUCGCUGUGCAGGGAACUACACUUUGGAAUGUGUUGAUAACUCCUGUGACCCCACUGAAGAGUGUCGAGAGGUUAAUGGUGUUGCAGGCUGUUAUCCUAAAGGUACAUCCACGUGCAUAGCAUCUGGCGAUCCACACUACACCAGCUUUGACAAACGCAAAUAUGACUUCAUGGGCAACUGCAGCUAUCUGAUGUCUAGUCCAUGCAAUGACACAACUGUGCCCUACUUUGAGGUCCAUACUGACAAUGAAAACCGGUAUAACAGGCCGACCAUCUCCUAUGUGAAUGCCGUACAUGUAUACGCACGGAUGGUAAAGAUCUCCAUUCUCAAAGGUGGCACUGUGCAGGUUAAUGGGACCAAUGUCAAUCUGCCACUGUCCCCGGCCCCCGGUAUUUCUGUGUUCAAGUCAGGAAAACACUACACUGUCUCCAUGAACUUUGGUGUGACGGUUCGAUAUGAUGGAAACACCUUUAUGGACAUAAAAAUGAUCGAAGACUAUCAGAACAAGCUUUGUGGCCUGUGUGGCAACUAUGAUGGAGAUACUAAAGAUGACUUCCGCAAACCAGAUGGAAGCUUAGCUGAAAAUGCCAAUGACUUUGGACACAGUUGGAACAUGAAUCCAGAAUGUAAUAAGAAGCCCAACACUACCAUCCCUGGGUGCAAUGAAGAAGAACAGGAACUGUAUGAAAGCUCUGGAUAUUGUGGCAUUCUGCUGGACAAAAAUGGACCUUUUGCUGUGUGCCAUCCCAAAGUCAACCCCAAUAAUUACUUCAGGGACUGUGUCUUUGACUUGUGUGAGCUGGAUGGAGCCAAGCCCAUUUUGUGUGAAGCCAUUGAAGCCUAUGUCAAUGAAUGCCAAGAUCGUGGGGUCAACCUUGGACCAUGGAGGAAUGAAACCUUCUGCCCACUGAGCUGCCCCCCAAACAGCCACUACGAACCUUGUGCAGAUCCUUGUCAGGAAACAUGCUUUGGAAAACCCCCCUCCUGCUCUGGUCCCUGUUCUGAGUCCUGUGUGUGUGAUCCCAGCUAUGUCCUGAGUGCUGGCAAGUGCGUUAAGGAGAACAUGUGUGGCUGCAACCACACGAACGGCCAGUAUUAUGAGCCUGGAGAGGAGUUUUUUGAGGAAGACUGCAAGCGAAAAUGUUGGUGUGGUGCAGCUGGAAUUACCUGUGAAGCCUCUGAAUGCCCCCCAAUGCAUGAAUGUAAACUUCAGGAUGGAGAGCUGGGCUGCUAUCCUACGAGCUUCCAGGAUUGUGUAGUUUCUGGGGAUCCACACUACAACACCUUUGACAAGAAGUACUACAGCUUCAUGGGAACCUGUACUUACACACUGGCCAGAACCUGUAGGAACAGCACAGGCCCUUGGUUCUCUGUGGAGGCAAAGAAUGAAGAGAGAGGAGUUGCAGGAGUGUCAUACCUGAGGAAGCUGUAUGUGACAGUGGAUGGAAUUACUGUGACCCUUUUGAAGAGCAGUACGACACUGGUGAACGGAGUACGGGUGGCUCUGCCCCACUCCCCCUCUCCUCUCAUGUCUAUUAGUCUUGCUGGUCAGUUCAUCACGGUUCAAACAUCCUUUGGCCUGAGGGUGCGUUGGGAUGGAAACCAUUAUGCCCAGAUCUCAGUUCCCAGCUCCUACUAUGACCAAAUGUGUGGCCUUUGCGGUGACUAUGAUGGGAACCCAGACAAUGACUUCACUAAACCAGAUGGCACUGUGGCAGGAAAUAGCAAUGACUUUGGGAACAGCUGGCAGACCGAAGAAGAUGAAGAUGACUCAUGUACCCCAGGAACAAAGCCUGAUCCAGACUGUGACCCCAACUUGGAAGCUGAAGUUGUAAAACCAGAGAAAUGUGGUAAAAUUACAGACUCUACUGGACCCUUCCGGGAGUGCAUCAGUGUAGUUAAUCCCACUCCAUUUUUCCAAAGCUGUGUGUAUGACAUGUGUCAGUUCAACGGCCAGCAGCACGUGCUGUGUGACCAGCUCCAGGCCUACACUGAUGCAUGUCAUAGUGCUGGAGCCAAAGUCUACCCAUGGAGGACUCCAGACUUCUGCCCCUUGACCUGUCCUCCCAACAGCUCCUACUCCCUUUGUGUGAGUUCAUGUCCUGAGACAUGUCUUGGUGUGGUGGGACCACCUGGCUGUGAGGAAGUGUGUGUGGAGGGUUGUGAGUGUAACCCUGGCUUCAUUCUCAGUGAUGACAAAUGUGUGGAACUGAGAGACUGUGGCUGUGUGGACCCCAGUGGAACCUAUCACCCUGUGGGCGAUGACUGGUACUUGGAGGGUUGUGAACAAAAGUGUAUGUGUCACAGUGGAGGUCUGCUACAGUGUCAUAACACCAGCUGUAACCCAACUACUGAGAGCUGCCAACUACAAGAUGGAGAAUAUGAAUGCCACCCUCUGGACCUGUGUCCUCCUAACGCAGAGUAUAUAGAGUGCGGUCCAGCUUGCAUUCCUACAUGUAUGGAACCCUCUACCAACUGUUCUGGCUCCUGCAUCACUGGGUGUUUCUGCAAACCAGGCUUUGUCUUCAAAGGACGGCACUGCGUGCCACUGGACAAGUGUGGUUGUUUAGAUGACAGCAAUAACUAUUAUGAGCCUGGUGAGAUAGUAUUUGGAGACGGCUGCACAAAGCUGUGUCGCUGUGCAGGGAACUACACUUUGGAAUGUGUUGAUAACUCCUGUGACCCCACUGAAGAGUGUCGAGAGGUUAAUGGUGUUGCAGGCUGUUAUCCUAAAGGUACAUCCACGUGCAUAGCAUCUGGCGAUCCACACUACACCAGCUUUGACAAACGCAAAUAUGACUUCAUGGGCAACUGCAGCUAUCUGAUGUCUAGUCCAUGCAAUGACACAACUGUGCCCUACUUUGAGGUCCAUACUGACAAUGAAAACCGGUAUAACAGGCCGACCAUCUCCUAUGUGAAUGCCGUACAUGUAUACGCACAGAUGAUAAAGAUCUCCAUUCUCAAAGGUGGCACUGUGCAGGUUAAUGGGACCAAUGUCAAUCUACCACUGUCCCCGGCCCCUGGUAUUUCUGUGUUCAAGUCAGGAAAACACUACACUGUCUCCAUGAACUUUGGUGUGACGGUUCGAUAUGAUGGAAACACCUUUAUGGACAUAAAAGUGAUUGAAGACUAUCAGAACAAGCUUUGUGGCCUGUGUGGCAACUAUGAUGGAGAUACUAAAGAUGACUUCCGCAAACCAGAUGGAAGCUUAGCUGAAAAUGCCAAUGACUUUGGACACAGUUGGAACAUGAAUCCAGAAUGUAAUAAGAAACCCAACACUACCAUCCCUGGGUGCAAUGAAGAAGAACAGGAACUGUAUGAAAGCUCUGGAUAUUGUGGCAUUCUGCUGGACAAAAAUGGACCUUUUGCUGUGUGCCAUCCCAAAGUCAACCCCAAUAAUUACUUCAGGGACUGUGUCUUUGACUUGUGUGAGCUGGAUGGUGCCAAGCCCAUUUUGUGUGAAGCCAUUGAAGCCUAUGUCAAUGAAUGCCAAGAUCGUGGGGUCAACCUUGGACCAUGGAGGAAUGAAACCUUCUGCCCACUGAGCUGCCCCCCAAACAGCCACUACGAACCUUGUGCAGAUCCUUGUCAGGAAACAUGCUUUGGAAAACCCCCCUCCUGCUCUGGUCCCUGCUCUGAGUCCUGUGUGUGUGAUCCCAGCUAUGUCCUGAGUGCUGGCAAGUGCGUUAAGGAGAACAUGUGUGGCUGCAACCACACGAACGGCCAGUAUUAUGAGCCUGGAGAGGAGUUUUUUGAGGAAGACUGCAAGCGAAAAUGUUGGUGUGGUGCAGCUGGAAUUACCUGUGAAGCCUCUGAAUGCCCCCCAAUGCAUGAAUGUAAACUUCAGGAUGGAGAGCUGGGCUGCUAUCCUACGAGCUUCCAGGAUUGUGUAAUUUCUGGGGAUCCACACUACAACACCUUUGACAAGAAGUACUACAGCUUCAUGGGAACCUGUACUUACACACUGGCCAGAACCUGUAGGAACAGCACAGGCCCUUGGUUCUCUGUGGAGGCAAAGAAUGAAGAGAGAGGAGUUGCAGGAGUGUCAUACCUGAGGAAGCUGUAUGUGACAGUGGAUGGAAUUACUGUGACCCUGAUGAAGAGCAGUAGAACACUGGUGAACGGAGUACGGGUGGCUCUGCCCCACUCCCCCUCUCCUCUCAUGUCUAUUAGUCUUGCUGGUCAGUUCAUCACACUUCAAACAUCCUUUGGCCUGAGGGUGCGUUGGGAUGGAAACCAUUAUGCCCAGAUCUCAGUUCCCAGCUCCUACUAUGACCAAAUGUGUGGCCUUUGUGGUGACUAUGAUGGGAACCCAGACAAUGACUUCACUAAACCAGAUGGCACUGUGGCAGGAAAUACUAAUGACUUUGGGAACAGCUGGCAGACCGAAGACGAUGAAGAUGACUCAUGUACCCCAGGAACAAAGCCUGAUCCAGACUGUGACCCCAACUUGGAAGCUGAAGUUGUAAAACCAGAGAAAUGUGGUAAAAUUACAGACCCUACUGGACCCUUCCGGGAGUGCAUCAGUGUAGUUAAUCCCACUCCAUUCUUCCAAAGCUGUGUGUAUGACAUGUGUCAGUUCAACGGCCAGCAGCACGUGCUGUGUGACCAGCUCCAGGCCUACACUGACGCAUGUCAUAGUGCUGGAGCCAAAGUCUACCAAUGGAGAACUCCAGACUUCUGCCCUCUGACCUGUCCUCCCAACAGCUCCUACUCCCUUUGUGUGAGUUCAUGUCCUGAGACAUGUCUUGGUGUGGUGGGACCACCUGGCUGUGAGGAAGUGUGUGUGGAGGGUUGUGAGUGUAACCCUGGCUUCAUUCUCAGUGAUGACAAAUGUGUGGAACUGAGAGACUGUGGUUGUGUGGACCCCAGUGGAACCUAUCACCCUGUGGGCGAUGACUGGUACUUGGAGGGUUGUGAACAAAAGUGUAUGUGUCACAGUGGAGGUCUGCUACAGUGUCAUAACACCAGCUGUAACCCAACUACUGAGAGCUGCCAACUACAAGAUGGAGAAUAUGAAUGCCACCCUCUGGGUACAUCCACGUGCAUAGCAUCUGGCGAUCCACACUACACCAGCUUUGACAAACGCAAAUAUGACUUCAUGGGCAACUGCAGCUAUCUGAUGUCUAGUCCAUGCAAUGACACAACUGUGCCCUACUUUGAGGUCCAUACUGACAAUGAAAACCGGUAUAACAGGCCGACCAUCUCCUAUGUGAAUGCCGUACAUGUAUACGCACAGAUGAUAAAGAUCUCCAUUCUCAAAGGUGGCACUGUGCAGGUUAAUGGGACCAACAUCAAUCUACCACUGUCCCCGGCCCCUGGUAUUUCUGUGUUCAAGUCAGGAAAACACUACACUGUCUCCAUGAACUUUGGUGUGACGGUUCGCUAUGAUGGAAACACCUUCAUGGACAUAAAAGUGAUCGAAGACUAUCAGAACAAGCUUUGUGGCCUGUGUGGCAACUAUGAUGGAGAUACUAAAGAUGACUUCCGCAAACCAGAUGGAAGCUUAGCUGAAAAUGCCAAUGACUUUGGACACAGUUGGAACAUGAAUCCAGAAUGUAAUAAGAAACCCAACACUACCAUCCCUGGGUGCAAUGAAGAAGAACAGGAACUGUAUGAAAGCUCUGGAUAUUGUGGCAUUCUGCUGGACAAAAAUGGACCUUUUGCUGUGUGCCAUCCCAAAGUCAACCCCAAUAAUUACUUCAGGGACUGUGUCUUUGACUUGUGUGAGCUGGAUGGUGCCAAGCCCAUUUUGUGUGAAGCCAUUGAAGCCUAUGUCAAUGAAUGCCAAGAUCGUGGGGUCAACCUUGGACCAUGGAGGAAUGAAACCUUCUGCCGUGAGUAUUGGAAGGACAAAUGA